AGACAAAAUAGGACACACAAAGACACCCAGAGAAGAAGGAGAUAUGUAGAUGGAGGCAGAGAUUAGAGUGAUAUAUCUACAAGCCAAGGAACGCUGAGGAGUGCCGGCAACCACCAGAAGCUAAGACAGAGGCAUGGGAUGUUUUCUCCCUCAUAGCAUCCAGAAGUGACUUACCUUGCCCACAUUUACAUCUUGGACUUCUGGCCUCCUAAGUGGACACUUGUCACUGAGUCAAAGCACUUGAUUUAUUCCUCUUCUUAAGCUUUAUCAGCUGCAGUCGAAGGCAAUGUGCUCAAUGGCUACAGUUAUGACCACAGUCUGGAAGGGACCCAGAGUGGCUCCCUGAUGGUCCCCUGAGAGCUUCUGAAAUUUCCAGAGAAUCUGGAUGCAAGUGGACACCAGCAGAGACUGCUAGACAGAGAGCUCAAUUGUGGAUCACUGGAGAGAACUACAGGGCAUCACUGCACUAGAUCUGACUGGAGUUGGAGGGUGAGAGAAAAUGAAUUCCUUUUCUAAUUUACCUGCAGAGAACUCAACCAUUGCCAUCAAUACAUCUGAGACACCAUCUACCACAGUAACACAUGGAUUCAAUUCCACUAAUGAUUCACCUUCAAUGUCAAUAACAAGGCUUUUUCCAGCCUUACUAGAAUGCUUUGGUAUAGUCCUUUGUGGCUACAUAGCAGGAAGGGCCAAUGUCAUAACAUCAACACAGGCCAAAGGACUGGGAAAUUUUGUCUCCAGAUUUGCACUUCCAGCCUUAUUAUUCAAAAACAUGGUUGUGCUUAAUUUUUCCAAUGUGGAUUGGGCUUUCUUAUAUAGUAUCUUAAUUGGCAAAGCUUCUGUAUUUUUCAUUGUAUGUGUAUUAACCUUACUGGUUGCCAGUCCUGAUAGUCGAUUUAGCAAAGCUGGACUAUUCCCUAUUUUUGCUACACAAAGUAAUGACUUUGCAUUGGGAUACCCUAUAGUUGAAGCUUUAUAUCAAACUACAUACCCAGAAUAUCUCCAGUACAUUUAUUUGGUGGCACCAAUAUCUCUGAUGAUGUUAAACCCAAUUGGGUUUAUCUUCUGUGAAAUCCAGAAGUGGAAAGAUACUCAAAAUGCUUCUCAAAACAAAGUAAAAAUUGUGGGACUUGGAUUCCUGCGUGUAUUACAGAACCCAAUAGUAUUUAUGGUCUUCAUUGGCAUUGCCUUCAAUUUUAUUCUUGAUAAAAAGGUGCCUGUAUAUAUGGAAAAUUUUCUCGAUGGACUUGCAAAUUCUUUUUCUGGAGCAGCUCUAUUUUAUCUUGGUCUUACAAUGGUAGGAAAAAUAAGGAGACUGAAGAAGUCGGCAUUUGUUGUACUAAUUCUUCUCAUCACAGCUAAACUCUUGGUGCUUCCACUUCUGUGCAGAGAAAUGGUGGAACUCUUGGACAAAGGUGACAGUGUAGUGAACCAUACAAGUUUAUCAAAUUAUGCAUUUUUGUACGGUGUCUUUCCUGUAGCACCAGGAGUGGCUAUCUUUGCAACACAGUUCAACAUGGAAGUAGAGAUUAUAACCUCAGGGAUGGUAAUAAGCACAUUUGUGUCGGCUCCAAUUAUGUAUGUUUCUGCCUGGUUAUUGACCUUUCCCACUAUGGACCCUAAGCCAUUGGCAUAUGCCAUCCAGAAUGUUAGUUUUGAUAUAAGUAUUAUCAGCCUGGUCUCCUUGAUCUGGUCUCUGGCUAUUCUUCUCUUGAGUAAAAAGUAUAAGCAGCUUCCUCAUAUGCUUACAACCAAUUUACUCAUUGCUCAGUCUAUUGUCUGUGCUGGAAUGAUGAUAUGGAAUUUUGUUAAAGAAAAAAAUUUUGUUGGACAAAUUUUGGUGUUUGUUCUAUUGUACAGCUCCCUGUAUAGCACCUACCUAUGGACAGGCCUUCUAGCAGUUUCUUUGUUUCUUUUGAAAAAGCGAGAAAGUGUACAAAUUCCUGUUGGAAUCAUCAUAAUAUCUGGCUGGGGAAUUCCUGCUCUCCUUGUUGGUGUUCUUUUGAUAACUGGAAAACACAAUGGAGAUAGCAUUGACUCAGCCUUCUUUUAUGGAAAAGAGCAGAUGAUCACCACAGCAGUCACCCUGUUCUGCAGCAUUCUGAUAGCUGGUACAUCACUCAUGUGCAUGAACCGCACCACCCAAGCAGGACACUAUGAAGGUUUCGAUCAGUCUCAGAGCCACAAAGUAGUGGAGCCUGGAAACACUGCUUUCGAUGAGAGUCCAGCGCCAACAAACGAACCAGAACUUUUUACAAGUUCAAUACCAGAAACAAGUUGCUGCUCUUGCUCCAUGGGGAAUGGUGAAUUACGCUGCCCAUCAAUAGAGCCAGCAGCAAACACGAGCACCAGUGGGCCUGUGACUCCUUCAUUUGAGAAAAAUGAUCACUGUGUGAGUCGCUGUAACUCCCAGAGCUGCAUAUUAGCCCAGGAAGAAGAACAGUAUCUGCAGAGUGGAGACCAGCAACUGACUCGACACGUCUUGCUGUGUUUACUUCUCAUUAUUGGCCUGUUUGCUAAUCUUUCCAGUUGUUUAUGGUGGCUAUUCAACCAAGAGCCUGGAAGACUAUAUGUUGAGUUACAGUUUUUCUGUGCUGUGUUUAACUUUGGCCAGGGAUUUAUUUCCUUUGGAAUCUUUGGAUUGGACAAACAUUUAAUCAUCCUACCUUUCAAAAGAAGACUUGAAUUUCUAUGGAAUAAUAAAGAAACAGCAGGAAACCGAGAUUCUCCUGUUUCUGAGGAAAUAAAAAUGACUUGUCAACAAUUUAUCCAUUAUCACCGUGAUCUCUGUAUCCGUAACAUCGUCAAGGAAAGAAGGUGUGGUGCAAAGACUUCUGCUGGGACCUUCUGUGGCUGUGACCUGGUGAACUGGCUAAUUGAAGUUGGCCUUGCCUCUGACCGUGGUGAAGCUGUGAUAUACGGAGACAGACUGGUGCAAGGGGGAGUCAUCCAACAUAUUACCAAUGAAUAUGAAUUUCGAGAUGAGUACUUGUUUUACAGAUUUCUUCAAAAGAGUCCUGAACAGACUUCCGCUAUUAAUGCAAGCAACUCCCAACAUGAAAGCUAUAAAGAAAUUGAGCAUUCACCCCCAUCAUCACUUUCUCCUAAGACCUAAAUGAUAAAGGAGAAUCCCACAUGGAAUCAUAUUCUGGCCCCAGAUCCAGUAUUUAUCUAUGUGAUCUUGGGCAAGUUACAACCUCUCUGAGCCUCAGUUGCCAUUUCUGUAAAAUCUGACAAGAUGCAUUCCCAUCCCCUGCUAACACUGUGAUUUUAGUAUGUAAAACACAUAGGAAAGUGACCUAGGAAAAUUAAAAAACCAAAAGGAAAAGUUCUGAUAUAUAAUAAUUACUAGAAGUAAUACUAAUAUGCCAAUAUUAUAAAAUGAUUUCCUGGAACCAUCUGCUAUAAUUUCAAAAUCAGUAUCUAACUGAUGAUUCCUUUUAAUUGCCAAAUUUGACAGAUGUUCUGUUGGUGAAAUGGACCUAAAAUUAUGACAACUUUAUAUUUAUUGAUAGCACUUCCUAAAAAAGAAUUUUACUGAAUCUAAUAGGAGGUUCUUAUUCUUUUUCCCCCCCUUUUAUCUGACAAAAACUCAUUAACAAACUAGAACCACUUUUUUUUUUUAAAGAUUGUCUUUUCUUGCUCUUCUAACCAAAGUACUAAUCUGUUCCCUUAGGAAAGGAAUAAAAACCUCCAUAAAUAUUAUCAUCUCCAUAAUCCUCAACAGAAGUAUAAUCCAAUCUUUAACUUUUGUGCCACAGACAGUAAUUUGUGCAUAUUUAUUUAAAUGUUAUAAAAUUAUUGCCAUGUGAUGUAUCACUUGUUAUUUGCACAAAGCAAUAUAGUACAGAAGGAUAACCCUACAACUUUAUUCCCUGCCGUGAAUAAAAAAGAUCAUAUAUAUAGUCCAAGUCAAGAGUUAAAACUUCUAAACAUAGCACUCUGUGACUACCUUUAGAAUUCUGUCUAUGAAUUCUAUGUAUUAAAAAAUUAUAAAUUUUUAAAUUACUAAAUGUCACUAAGUCCAUUAAGGCUCCUGUAAUGAAACACCACAAACUGGAUAGCUUAUAAACAACAGAAUCUUAUUUCUGGAAACACUUAUUUAUAGGUCUGGAGGCUGUUUAGUCCAAGAUUAAGGCAUGUAUCUGGUGAGCACCUGAUUUCUGGUUUACAGCUGGUGCCUUUUUGCUGUGACCUCAUAUGGUAGAAGAAAAGAACUCUUGUCUCUUCAGCCCUGAGAAGGGCACUGAUGCCAUUCAUGAGGGCUCUACCAUUACGACCUAAUCACCCUCCAGUACCAUCACACUGGGGAUUACAUUUCAACAUAUGAAUUUAGGGGGUGCAAACAUUCAAACCAAAGCACCCUCAGAUAAAGUUCAUCUUCAGAAUAUUAAAGAGAAUUAUUCACAUGAUCUUUGAACAUCUACUUAAUUGUUAGGUGUCAGUGCUGGUUUAACUUACUUAAAAUAUGUUGAAAUGUUUAACUAUCUCAUGUUUAGUGUUUUAUAUAUAAAGCCAUUUAGAAAAUUAUUGCCUUUUAAUGCAACAAAUACAUGAUUUUUAAAAAACCUGCAUGGAAACCUAGGGUAUUUAACCUGUAAAUUUUUACCUUAGUGUACCUAUACAAAUUUCAAGCUAAAAUUGGAGAAUGGGGGUGUUUUUAAACAGAACUGUCUUGUGGGAGAACUUUUUCUAAAACAAAAUAAUGACCACAUUAAUACUCUGAAUGCUCGGGAGUAAGCAUAAAGUCUCACUGCUGUUCCAGUAGAGAGAUAACUCACAUGCAUGCAAGCAACUCAUACUCAAGUGGGGAAAUUUUUUGUUUAUGAACAAGUCAUAUGAAUAAGUCAUACUGCAUAUGUUCUGUUAUUUGCACAAAAGGAUCUUUUUCCAUGGAGGACACUAAAAGAAAAUCCUAGAUCAGAAUGAUGUGCAGUUUCAGAUAAAGGAUUUUAAGGGAUGUUUUUAGGAUUAAGGAUAUGCUAAUUUUAUUAAAUGAAAAUAUUUGUAACUGUUACUUUCUCAUUGACAAAGCAAGUUUCUCAAUAAACUACCUAUUUUAACUUUC